AGAGAGAGAAAGGGAAAGAGAAGACUCCUUUCGACGCGCGCGAUGACGUAGACGCACUUGUUCGGACGAUCGUUAUCCCAACUCGGAUGAGAGCGAAUCGCAUAUCGCAUCGCAUCUGUUUCUCGCGGUGUGCCGUGCCGUGUCGUAAAACUGCGUGCGUGAGGCAAGUGCGUGGCGUAGGACGCGUGUAUGCACGUUUCGUGCGAAAGGGGAAAGGUGCGAGAAAUCGAUUGCCGGGUCGCCGGAUGUGCUGGCUCCUCUCCUUGACAGUGGGCUCGUUCGAUCGAUCGUCGGACAAGACGUCCCGAGUCCUUUAUAGUUUCAAUUCCUCGCGGUCUCCUCUUCGGAUUCGAUCUCCGUGUAAAUUUCUGGAGGAUGUGUGAGAAAAACGAUAUGUCUGUGAAGAAACGCGACUAACGACUCUAUCGUAGGAAAGAAAGAUCGCAGCUGUGAUUUAGUAGAAACGAUUGGUUUGGCCGUCAGAUAUUUGUUUGUUAAAUUAUGAAAUUGUAUUACGAAGUUGAUUUGUGAGGAUCAGUAUGUUAUGCAGAUUGGGCGGUUACAUAGAGAUAAAUUAAAUUAGACAAUCUCCCAGAGGGAGAAAUUUAUCUCGUUGCUCGACAGAAUGUCAACAGAAUCGAACGCGAAUGGGACAGUUGUAGAAUAAAACAUCCGAGAUGCGUUUCAGAUUACAUCUUUUUCUACAUAAUCAUAAGUUGAACUAGUGUAAUUUGUUAUACUAAUUCUUGUGUUAAUUUUUUAAUUAUCACGAUCAAGCUCGAGCUUCAAACAAAAUCCCGAAAUAAAUUUUCUUUUCACUUAAUUAGAAUUUUCAGCGGAAUUUUAAAUACUCAAAUAUUCGACUUUUCUUUUACUUAACUUACAGUUCCUAUUUAGAGUCGAAUAGAAUACAGAAUAGAAUACAGUUUCUAUUUAAAGUAAAAUUUCAUUGAAUCAACAAUUUUUCCUCAACUUCAGAGAAAAUGAUUCGUUUAUCAUUUAUUUCAGAUGUAGGAGUACAAUUUUCACAAAUGAAGUUCUGUAGAAUCUAUGAAUGUUUUAUUAACUAGAUUUAAUUAAAUAGAUUCAAAAAUAGAAGCAAAAACAAAUAAUUAAGCCAAGGAAUAUAAUAGUUAGCCGGGUUUUCUAAAAUGUUGUUUAUGAUAAGAAAAAAACAAUAAUAUCAUAGAAGUACAUAGAAGCGAACAAUUUCGAAUCGAUAUUUCUUAUGAUUUGAAUAAUGCAAUUCGUGGAAUUCCGCGAUCUGAUCGAAAUCAGCUAGCUAACGUAUGGGUUAUUGGAGGCGAAAUGUGCGCGACGGAAAUGCUGAUCGCGUCGUUUUAGCGCGUCGUUCGUCAGAUAAACGAGCCCGAGCGUUUCGCGUGCGAGUGGAGGACGGGACGUAAUAACGCCGGGAUUACGCGACACCCACUAUCGCGUAACCGCAUUACGCAAUCGUUAUCUCCCGAAUGAGUUACAUAGCGUUGUGGCGUAGUGCGCUGUCGACUUUUUGACACGCGCGAACUUGAGGAAAAUCGAUAAUCCAGUAUUAAUUAAAUCGCGCCUCGUCGUCGUCGUCGUCGUCGCGUUCUAAAGAUUCUCGUUCAACUCUCCUCGCGACUGUUCGUCGAUUCUUCGUCGAUUUUUCGUCGAUCGCGCGGGAAUUUUUCUCAUAAACGACCCAGCGAACAGAACCCAAACGUCACGCUGCACGUAUGUAUGUAGGGUGUCCCUUUAAACACCGAGCCAAUUUCUCCUCCGAUGAUCGAGUCCUCUUUAAGAAGGAAGCACUUAUUAAUUAAAUGCAAUUCUAUUAUAAAUUAGUUUUUAUUUUUAUUAUCAAUUAAUUAUAAUAAAUAAUCAAUCAUCGCGCGCGGAUUGUGAAUCCUAAGGGAAUCAGCGAGAUACACGAACAUUCUGUAUAUAACACAUACCGCUGCGUAGCGCUGCGAGCACGUGACAGAAACGUCGUCGAGGCGUCGUAGUCGUCGUUGGUGUGAUGCGGCGCAUCGAUGCGGAUUUUCCUCAUCGAUGCGCGGAGAUGCGAGUGCGUUCGCUGCGCGUUUGUUCCCGAUUCCCGGUGGCGUGAUUAAUCGCGCGUCGCGACAAAAACCAGCUGUUAUCCGCGGGGAAGGGGAGGGAAAUCCGUUACUCCACCUCGCGCGGACGGGACGCCGUCUCGGCGAACGGCAUAACCUCAAAGUCACCGCGACGGGUGGAGGCGCGUCGGCAGCGACGGCGGGCGUCGGGCUUCCGUUCCCUCCUCCACCUCCCUCCCGGAAUAGAAGCGAACGCGGUGCGCACCGACGUCGUUGCGCGGCACGGCGAUCGAUGCAAUUAAAGGGGGAGAAUUAUUCAUCGGGAGCUUUCGCAGGCGAUUCAACGGCAGCUCCCGUGAGCUGUGUUCCCGUGUCGUCCGCUCGUCGCUCGUCCCCGCCACCCCGGAUGCGGCGACGCCGCUGCUCCGGUCCGGCCGCUCCGGCACGGCCCCCGUUCCGGAUGCUGCACGCGUGAGAUUACGUCGCGCUGUCGUGUGCCGCGUAUCGCGUAGACCGCGGCGGCGGACCCGGACUCCGUACCCGCGAGCAUGAACCGGCAAGGGCUAGCACGCGCGCCGACAUGUGAGAAAAAUCGUGCGUGGGAUAUACGUACGUGAGAGAAGAGUAGAGAGAGCACGAGGGAGAGAGAGAGAGAGAGAAAGAGAGAUCUGGCGACGACAGGACACGGUGCAGAUCAUGGAAGUCGCGGCCACAAAGCUGGUGCAGUGGUUCAACGAACUCAGGUCCCGGGUGCACCUUUACCUGCAUGCCCAAACCCUUGGUCCAGUAAGGGCGGAAAAUGGUGGCUCACAGGGCGAUGAUCAACCACCCACACAAUAUAAUGACGGCGAGGAGAGAGUCAUUUUCGUCAAUGCCCCUCAUCAGCCCGCAAAAUACAAAAACAAUCACAUUACUACCGCAAAAUACUCGUUUUUAUCGUUCAUACCACUGUUCCUUUUCGAACAAUUCCGUCGCUACAGCAACUGUUUCUUCCUAUUCAUCGCACUCAUGCAGCAAAUACCAGACGUGUCUCCGACAGGACGCUGGACAACAUUGGUUCCACUGAUUUUCAUCCUCAGCGUGUCCGCUUUAAAAGAGAUAGUCGAGGACGUAAAAAGGCACAGAGCGGACGAUGAGAUAAAUAUGAGGGAGGUGGAGGUGCUGAGGGAUGGGCGCUGGCAGUGGAUACAGUGGCGCGCCAUAGCCGUCGGGGAUGUGGUUAAGGUUCACAACAACACUUUCUUUCCCGCUGACUUGAUCUUGUUGUCAUCGUCGGAGCCGCAGGGUAUGUCCUUCAUAGAGACCGCCAACCUGGACGGCGAGACGAAUCUGAAGAUCCGACAGGCCCAUCCUGACACUGCCAAUCUCUUGGAUACCGCGGAGUUGAUGAAUUUCCGCGCGAAUAUCCAGUGCGAGCCGCCCAACAGGCAUUUAUAUGAGUUCCACGGAGUCCUACGGGAGACCAAUAAACAGAGCGUAGCUUUAGGGCCCGAUCAAUUGGUACUCCGUGGCGCGAUGUUGCGGAACACACGGUGGGUGUUCGGUGUAGUGAUAUACACGGGACACGACACGAAACUCAUGCAGAAUAAUACCGCGACAGCGCCAUUGAAACGAUCCACCCUGGAUCGGUUGAUCAACACGCAGAUACUGAUGCUAUUUUUCAUACUUCUUCUGUUGUGCAUUCUUUCCGCGAUAUUUAACGUCGUGUGGACGAACGCCAACAAAGACGGCCUCUGGUACUUGGGUUUACAAGAGGAAAUGACUAAGAACUUCGCUUUCAAUCUGCUGACAUUUAUUAUCCUCUUCAACAAUCUAAUACCCAUAUCCUUGCAAGUGACACUCGAGGUAGUGAGAUUUGUUCAGGCCACAUUUAUUAAUAUGGACAUAGAGAUGUAUCAUCCGGAGACGGACACUCCAGCGAUGGCUCGCACGAGUAAUCUGAACGAGGAACUCGGGAUAGUGAAGUAUGUAUUCACGGAUAAAACCGGCACACUCACGAAGAACGUCAUGGAAUUCCAGCGGUGUUCGGUCGGUGGAAGACUGUACGAUUUGCCAAAUCCUUCAAAUGGGGACGAAAGUACAAGUGACAGUAGUUGCGAGUUGAUUAGAGAUAUCAUCGAUGGAAGAUCCGUGCGGGAUUCUACGAAUCCCGCUGAUAAGAAGAAAGCGAAGCAUGCGGCUGUACUUCAUGAGUUUAUGAUUAUGCUGUCAGUUUGCCACACGGUUAUUCCCGAAAAACUAGAUGAUUCCUUAGUCUAUCAUGCUGCAUCUCCGGAUGAAAGAGCGUUGGUGGACGGGGCACGUAAAUUUAACUACGUGUUCGAUACGCGAACGCCCACUUAUGUGGAAAUCGUCGCUCUUGGUGAAACGCUACGCUACGAAAUUCUGAACGUCAUAGAAUUCACUUCGGCCAGGAAGCGUAUGUCGGUAGUCGUGAAGACGCCCGAAGGAAAGAUUAAAAUAUUUUGUAAAGGCGCGGAUUCGGUUAUCUAUGAAAGAUUGACUUCUUUAGAAACGAGCGAUCUUGACCUGGAACAUGUGGAUGAUUUUCGUGAAACGACUCUCGAGCAUUUGGAGACUUUUGCCACUGACGGAUUGCGAACGCUUUGUUUUGCCUCCGCGGAAAUACCUGAAAAUGUUUAUCAAUGGUGGAGCGAAUCAUACCAUAAAGCGUCAAUUAGUCUAAGAAACCGUGAUAGUAUGUUGGAACAAGCUGCGAAUCUUAUCGAGAGUAAACUUACAUUAUUAGGAGCGACUGCAAUUGAAGAUCAAUUACAAGACCAAGUCCCGGAAACGAUACAAGCUCUUUUACAAGCUAAUAUUAACGUCUGGGUAUUGACUGGAGAUAAACAAGAAACGGCCAUAAAUAUCGGUUACUCGUGUAAACUGAUAACACACGGGAUGCCACUUUAUAUUAUCAAUGAAGCUUCUUUGGAUAAAACGAGGGAAGUCAUCAUUCAGCGUUGCCUUGACUUUGGAAUUGAUUUGAAAUGUCAAAACGACGUAGCUCUAAUUAUAGACGGCAGUACGUUGGACCAUGCGUUGUCUUGCGACAUCAGGAUGGAAUUUUUGGAAUUGUGUUCCGCUUGCAAAGUUGUUAUCUGUUGCAGAGUAUCACCGAUUCAAAAAGCUGAAGUGGUGGAUUUAAUUACGAGUAACAAGAAAGAAGUGACUCUUGCGAUCGGAGAUGGCGCGAAUGAUGUGGCGAUGAUACAGAAAGCUCACAUUGGCGUCGGUAUCUCAGGUGUAGAGGGUCUUCAAGCAGCCUGUGCCUCGGAUUAUUCUAUUGCGCAGUUUCGUUUCCUAAAACGUCUGUUAUUCGUUCACGGCUCUUGGAAUUAUAGCAGAAUGUGUAAAUUAAUCUUAUACUCGUUUUACAAGAAUAUUUGUCUAUAUGUUAUCGAAUUAUGGUUUGCCAUCUAUUCCGGCUGGUCCGGACAGAUCCUUUUCGAAAGAUGGUCCAUAGGAUUGUACAAUGUGGUUUUUACUGCUGCACCUCCGUUAGCUAUGGGUCUCUUUGAUAAAGUGUGUUCCGCGGAAACUCAUUUGGCCCAUCCUGGACUCUACGCGACGAAGAAUAAUGGCGAAUCGUUCUUCAAUAUUAAAGUAUUUUGGGUAUGGAUUGUGAACGCGUUAAUUCAUUCAUCGCUAUUGUAUUGGUUGCCGCUAAUGGCUCUGAAACAAGAUGUAGCUUGGGCAAAUGGCAGAGACGGCGGCUAUCUUCUACUAGGAAACUUUGUCUAUACCUAUGUUGUAGUGACGGUAUGCGUAAAGGCGGGUUUAAUAAUAAACUCAUGGACAUGGGUCACCCACUUGGCGACAUGGGGAUCUAUUAUAUUUUGGUUCUUAUUUAUUCUUAUAUAUAGCAAUGUUUGGCCCUUCCUGAACGUCGGUGCUGUGAUGUUAGGCAAUGACAGAAUGUUAUUUUCUUCGCCUGUUUUUUGGCUGGGACUUAUAUUAAUACCUACAGCAGUAUUACUGCUGGAUGUUACAAUAAAAGCAGUAAAGAAUACAAUUUGGAAGUCUGUAACGGAAACAGCCCGAGAGAAUGAAAUUAGAAAGUCUGAUCCCGGUGAUAUAUUCAGCAAUCAGGAUUAUAGAAGCUCAUUGACCGAGACGGCGAGGCUGCUGAAAAAUGUUAAAAGUGUUUUCACCAGGCGCUCGAACGCCGCCUCCAGAGUCAAUGUCGAGGUGGAGCUAUCACAUGGUUUCGCGUUCUCUCAAGAGGAGGGUGGCUCGGUGACCCAGACGGACGUGAUCAGAGCCUACGACACGAAUCUUCCGAAACCCGGCGGUAUGUGAUUUAAGCGAUGCGGCCGCCGCGCGGCGAGAUGAUGCCAGCCGCUCUUCCAAGUGGCCUGACGAUGGAGAAGCUCGCGGCUUUGCGUUUCGCUCGUCAGAACGACGUCCGACACAGGGUCGGACCGACAUUAAGCUUAAGGACGACCAGGGAGAAAGAGUUCUUCAUCCCCCUCCCCCCCCCCCCGACCUGACGCGUUUCGCUGCGUUAGAAUCUGACGAUCGCUAGAACGGCCUUUCAGUCGCGACUGAUGAUCACUAAUUUACGUAUUUUAUUUCGUCGGACUUACCCCUAAGGAGAAAGGGAAUUGUAAUAUUUGUAAUAUUUGUCGCGUUUGCAACGUUGAGCAACUCGAGGCAAGAGAUUCCUCUCUGAGAAUUACCGCGCGAUCCACUUUCGCAGAAGAGUACUCCGAUACUCAGCAUGAAUAAUUAUUUUGAUACUCCGUGAAGUUUUAUUCUGAUAUACCGUAGAGAUCUCGUUCUUCGAGCAUCGGCGCUGCAUUUCUCGCUCGCGAUGCAUUUGAGAAUGCAUUUCGCGUUAAUGUCAAAGUCGCGUGCGCAUAAUCCUAUUAUGCAUCCAAAGGGGAAAGAAGGGAGGAAAGAAGAAAAUCGUUUUCCAUCUGUUUUCGCGAGGGCGGAACGCUCGAUGUUUCCUUUCGGGCAAAAAUCGUGCGGAUUGCGCAAGUUGUAAUUGCGAUCUUAAAUGUGUUAAGAUGUAUACAUAUAUAUAUAUAUAUAUAUAUAUGUUUCAUACGUAAAUAGAAGAUUUUUGUGCGACAUAAUUAUUCCAGGAACGCGUUCGAGCGGGAUCUUUCUGGAAUUGCAAAUACCUCUAUAUGUAUUAUAUAUAUAUAUAUAUAUAAAUAAAU